CUCAGCUGGACUGUGAUCUAACCAUGUCUAUCCACUGUCAACUGCUAAUACUGAUACUUGUACUGACUCUUGAUGAUCAAGUUCAUACAGGGGAAAUCAUUGGAGGUCGGGAGGCUGUGCCACAUAGCAGACCCUACAUGGUGCUUUUGGAGCGGAGCAUGCAGGAUGGUGAAACAAGACACUGCGGUGGCUUCCUUCUGAAUGAGGAUUUUGUGAUGACUGCAGCCCACUGCCAAGCCAGUUCCUACACAGUCGUACUAGGAGUUCACAAUUUCCGUAACAGUAAUGAAUUACAGCGUAUAUCUGUGGAGCAAGCAUUUCCACAUAAAGAGUACAAUGAAACUGAUUUUAACAAUGACAUCAUGCUUCUCAAGUUGAGCGCCAAGGCAAAAUUGAGCAAAAAUGUGCAACCCAUUGCUCUCGCAGGCCGAGGUGAUGGCUCGCCAAAAUCAUGUAUAGUGUCCGGCUGGGGAAGAACUGACGAGAAUAUACCUUAUAUGUCUGUUGUACUCAUGGAAGUCAAUGUAACACUGAUUGAGAGUAAGCAGUGUCCUACUAACAACAUGUACUGUUCUAAGGGAGUAACUGGACCUGGUAAGGGAGACUCUGGAGGUCCACUGGUCUGUGAAGAUGGGAAGGCGUACGGUGUGGUGUCCCACGACUUUCGAUCAGAAUCAGGUGGCCCGGUAAUCCAUUGUUUCGCUAAGAUUCCUGACUAGAGAAGCUGGAUCCAAUUGACCAUGACAAAUGCAUGAAAAAACUUUGAAAUGAUCAAAUCACAAGAUUUGAAUUUACUGUUUGUAUAACACUGGAGAGCUGAUAAUUGAGAUGCUAAUAUCACAACCUAUUCCAUAGCCAUGACACUGUCAGACCAAAGAACUUGCUUGCUUUACACAGAUUUAUUUAAAAUGUGCUUUAC